AUGGAGGCGACGCCCAAGCAAAGCUUCACAAUCCACCAUGUCCAGCCCGAGGAUGUGUCCACCCUGGCUCAACUGAGCGCAGACGCAUUCGAAACCGAUCGCCAGACCGUGAUGAAAGGGCUGGGCAAGGAGCCCUUCGACAUGAAGGCAGAGACCCUCCGCAGCCUGCCUCACAUGCUGCGAAGCCCCAAGAAGUGCGUGGUUCUCAAGGCAGUGGACGCUGUGUCGGGAGAAAUCAUAGGCUACUGCAACUGGGGCUUUCGCGGUCUCGAGCCGGACGAGAUGCCUGUCCUAGAAGGGGGAGGUGACGCUCUGGCCCGCAUUCCCCCACCAACGGAUUCUGACGACAAGCCAAGUUUAUCGAGGCCACCUGAGCCGGAAGCCGAUCCUAUCAGGCGGCUUGAAGCCCUCACCAACGCGGACAUGAACGCGUGGAUGGCAGAGAUGAUGCCCGAGGGGACACGAUGCUUCUACGUCAUUGGUCUGUCGGUGAAGCCCAAGCAUCAGGGUCGAGGCGUUGGCUCUGCGCUGCUCAGGUGGGGGACAAGGGCUUGCGACGAACGGGGUGUCUUUGCUUGGGUUCACUCAUCGGAACCCGCGUGGAGGAUGUACGAGAAGAGUGGUUUCCAGACUAUACGGAGCCUCGACGUCGACCUAGACGAGUACGCCCCGAUGCCGCCGCCGAACGAAGGUCCCGGUGCUAAAUGGGGACACUACGUCUUUCGAUACAUGAAGUACCUGCCGCGGAAAGACAAGACGAGCGGCGGAGGGAGCGCUGUGAGGACAGGAUGA